GAAUUCUGCGUAGACUCGGGAAUUCUAGAUGAGACUCUCAUGACCAUAUAUUGCUGGCGGAUGACCUCGUUGUGAUUUUUUGAUCAACCUCGUAGUCUCGAGUUCAUUCUGACACAGCCUUUAAGACGAACUCUUUUCCAAAACUUUCAACAUAACUUCGUCUUUUCUGGCAGGCAUCUUAUUCCUCCAAAUACCCUCAACACACAAUCAACAUGAAGUCCACCACCGCCAUCGCCGCCCUUCUAGGUGCCCAAACCAUUCUCGCAAAUCCCAUCACCUUGGUCCCCCGCGAGCCCCGCGCCGCCAAGCGCUUGGCCUUCCGCAAGACCCAUCCCAGGAUCCCCGUUUCCGAACCGUCUCUGACCAGCACCAACAACACCGACGUCAGCUACUCGCAGAACUGGGCGGGAGCCGUCCUCAUCGGCACGGGCUACAAGUCAGUCACCGGCACAAUCACGGUGCCCACCCCAAAGACACCAUCCGGCGGCUCGUCGCGCACCGAGUACGCCGCCUCGGCCUGGGUCGGCAUCGACGGCGACACCUGCCAGACGUCCAUCCUGCAGACCGGCGUCGACUUCUACGUCCAGGGCUCAUCCGUCAGCUUCGACGCCUGGUACGAGUGGUACCCGGACUAUGCGUAUACCUUCUCCGGGUUCGCCAUCCAUGCCGGCGAUCAGAUCAAGAUGACUGCCUCGGCGUCGUCGACGUCGGCGGGGAGUGUCACGAUUCAGAACCUGUCGACGGGGAAGAGCGUCAGCCACUCGUUCAGCGGCGAGAGUGACCCGCUGUGCGAGACGAAUGCGGAGUGGAUUGUUGAGGACUUUGAGUCGGGCGGGGCGCUGGUUCCGUUUGCGAACUUUGGGACUGUUACUUUCACUGGCAGCAGCGUCACUGAGACUUCUGGGACUACUGUGGGGGUCACUGGUGCGGAGAUUAUUGAUAUUAAGCAGAACGGAAACGUGUUGACUUCGUGCUCCGUUUCGGGGUCGUCGACGGUUACUUGUUCGUAUGUCUGAGCGGACCGGACUAUGUUUCUUCUUGAGGAGAUGGGAUGGGCUAUGUCAAGUUGGAUACAUGUAUGUAGUUGCACAGUUUUACGGGAGAAAUGGCCAUGGCAACUGAGUGCAAUAUGAGGAGGUCCCUUGCAAGUCCGAUGAUGUCGCUAGAUUUUCGGUGACUAUUCGAGAAAGCCAGAUGAGAUAUGUUCUUCCAAUGAUACGAAAAGC